UCCUCACCCUCUUCCCCACUCUGCUGAGACGGCUGGGGUGUGACAGGGACACUAUUCAGGAGGCAGUCUGCUAACCUGCCUUGCUUGUGGGACUUGCUAACCCAGGGAUGCACAGGUGCUAGAGGGAAACAAGGAAACUAAUCAGAGCAGCAGCAGCAGCCCUCUCCAGGAAAGGGAGCCUGGAUGGAUUGUAAUGCACAUGGAUAGACUGAAAUGCUCAGCAGAUGAUUUUGCUUAAAUCCCAAAUGCAAAGAUGGGAUUGUCUUCCAAGGCCCUGCAUUAUGCCUGCUGCUAAACACACUCCAAGAGUUCUCAGGAGGACCCUCCAAGUGCUCUGCAGAGUGUGCUCCAGGGCCACUCAACUGUCCCACAGUGUUACUAUUCCAAGCAGAAGAUAUUUAACUCUGUUCCUUCCGAGACCAAAGCAUCAACACAGGAAUCAGGCCCCCUCAGCCUGUGUUGCAGUGGAAGUGUCCUGUUGUCUGUACUCGUGUGCUGCUCCAUACCUCCAGCUCCCCACCCUGCAUUCCUCUUCUGCAUUCUUUUCAACAUUAAAAACCAACUGGGAUCUUUAUCGCUCACUUCCAAAAGUUCAAAAUAUUCUUGAAACACUGGAGCAGCAUUGUGAUCUAGCAGCCAGGUCAGGCUCCCCUCAGGUCCCACAGAAGCACUUUGGAGCUGCUGUUACAGGUAAAGUUGCUUUUCUCACCUUCCCACCACUACCUGGCUGUACAUGGACACUGGACCAGAACAGGGGGGCACAGCAGGAGACAGCUCCUGGCAACACUUCCUGACUAAAGGAGCACCCAGCUGAGGUCAGAUACCUGGAGGGAAAAGAGGAGUCUGUUUGAAAAGCCUGGAGCCAACCUGCACUGUGCCCAAACGCUGGGCCCAGGCAUCCUGCUCAGAACUGCCUGGUUUCACCAAAAUCCAGCACCCUCCAGACAGGGGAUGGAAUAACCUGCAAAGACUGACAGAUUCAAACAAGAGGUCACUAACAGGUACUCCACAACCUCGUCCGUGCUCUCCAGCACCAUCUCCUCGUCACAGCCGGGGAAUUUGCAUUUCAAUGGGCUGCCGUACCCGAAUGUCAGCUCUGACACAGCGCCUGCACGGGAGGGAGCAGCUGGGCAGGAUUCCGGGGCAGGAUUCCUGGGCAGGACUGAUUCCUCUGGAGCUGCAGCAGCAGCACGGGAAGUGGGAGCAGCGUGGAGCUGCCAGGGACAGCGCUCACCCCGCCGGGCAAUCCCGGGUAGACCUUUGGGGCUCUCUGCACAGGGGCUGCGCAAGAGAGGCUCCAGCGGCCUCAUACACACGAGGAAAAAAAAAAAAAAAAAAAAAAAAAAAAAAAGAGAAAGGACUGUUAACACCGCUUGAAACCCAAUCUCACCAGAAAGCGACCAGAAUAAGAGCAGCAGUGACAGGGAGGAAAGCCGCACAUCCCCUCCAAGAAAAAGGCAAAGGGAUGGGAGAGCUAAUCCCAAACCGGGAUGAGGGGCUGCCAGAAGGAAAAGGAGCCUAAGAGCAAAGACUGAACAGGAAAAGGGAACAGGAAAGGAGACACACGGGAGUGUAAAUGCAGAAACAAGAGGUAUGGAGAACUUGGUAGCUGGCUCCAAUCUUCCUCCACUUUUUACAGAUGAGGAUGGAUCUAAGGAAGGUAGUGAAAUUAAUGUAUCUGGAUUAGCUAAUUCGGAUAGUUCAUUCAGUGGUGGAACUUCACAGCCUGUGAAUAACCCAGAUUUGGUGGAAGACUUGUCACAGCCUCAGCAGCAGCAAAAUGAGUCUUCUAAUGCUGCUGAAACCACUGAGCAGAAGCCUGAGGAGGAGCAGCAAAGAACCAAGCGAGGAGGCUGGGCCAAAGGCAGAAAGAGGAAGAAGCCCCUGCGGGACAGCAAUGCCCCCAAAUCGCCCCUGACCGGGUACGUGCGGUUCAUGAACGAGCGCAGGGAGCAGCUGAGGGCCAAGAGGCCCGAAGUGCCUUUCCCGGAGAUCACCAGGAUGCUGGGCAACGAGUGGAGCAAGCUGCCUCCCGAGGAGAAACGGCGCUACCUGGAUGAAGCAGACAGAGACAAGGAGCGUUACAUGCGGGAGCUGGAGCAGUACCAGAAGACUGAAGCCUACAAAGUCUUCAGCAGGAAAGCACAGGACAGACAAAAAGGCAAAUCCCACAGACAAGAUGGAGCAAGACAGCCAGCUCAUGAUCAUGAGAAAGAAGCAGAUACAAAGGAGAGAUCUGUCUUUGAUAUUCCAAUCUUCACAGAAGAGUUCCUGAAUCAUAGUAAAGCGCGCGAGGCGGAGCUGCGGCAGCUGCGCAAGUCCAACAUGGAGUUUGAGGAGAGGAACGCCGCGCUGCAGAAGCACGUGGAGAGCAUGCGCACGGCCGUGGAGAAGCUGGAGGUGGACGUGAUCCAGGAGCGCAGCCGCAACACGGUGCUGCAGCAGCACCUGGACACCCUGCGGCAGGCGCUCACCAGCAGCUUCGCCGCGGUCCCGCUGCCAGGCAGUGGGGAAACCCCCACGAUGGAAACCAUUGAUUCCUACAUGAACAGACUGCACAGUAUUAUCCUGGCCAACCCACAGGAGAACGAGAACCUCAUCGCCACGGUGCGGGACGUGGUGAACAGGCUGGAGCGUUAGUGACGGGGUCUCGUGACCCGGGGAAGCUUUACAAAAUUUUUUUGGCCAGUGUGGAAUAAGAAGCCAUGAGGGAAAGCCUGGGGUGGGAGGCAGGAUGGCAGGUUUGGGUCCUGCCUGUGUGUUCUGUCAGGGAGACAAACAGAUCAAUGCAUUCAGAGAUCUUGAGAAGCCACGGACACCGCCCACUAAACGUUUGAACUGUCCUCUGUGUGAACAUUUAAGAGCAUGCAACUUUUGUGCAAUCGACAUUUUUUAUGGAUUUUGCUGGGUGUGAGGGUGCCUGCGUUCUGUGGACUGGCUGACUGUGGAGAUGAAAUCUCACCUUGUGAAAUGGAGUCAGCGUAUACGUUGUAGUAAUAACUUGGAUGUGUUCUAUUGCCUAAUGUCUUCUAGUGUCUUUUAUUUUGUUUUCGUGUUUAUCCUGUGGGGUUACCUUCCUUCACUUUAGUUCUCUUCUUUUGAUCUUGUUCCCUGAUUCUUGCAGUACUGGAUAGCAGUGCUGGUGUUCUCUCUUCUAACAGGGAGUUUUCCUUGGUGCACUGUCUUGUCCCAUGCCUCCUGCUAUGUUUAUAGGAGCUUUUCUUAAGCAGAAUUAAGCAGUUUUGUUUUUUGGGUUUUUUUUGUUAGCCUGCAAUUCCUACAAUGUGAGUUUGCUCCCUGCUAGAGACUGGCUGUGGUUGAUGCUUUGUCACUUGAUUCUACUAUGAGACAGACUUCCUCUAUCUCCUUUCUUCAAGCACCUCGCUUGCACAUUGCAUCCUGCUCUUCUGUGGAGGUCUCCUGUUAUCUCUUGAAAACCUUUGCUGGAGCAUUUUACUAUCACAAAGGUCAGUGGAAAUUGAGAUAGAAAGUGAAACAUUAGUUCUCCUCAGCAGAGAAAAUGGGAUUCUUUGGUUUAGACUAAACCCACAAAGCUUACCCUUCCUCUGAUACUUUGUUCAGUCUAAUUUAAUGUUAUUUCCUUGUUUUUGGAAGAAUGAUCUCAUGGGUAAAGCAGUUUUCUAUAAAAAGAGAAAUGGGCACGGGGAUUGCAUUUUUUUUCCUUUCCUGCCCUGAAAUUGCUGUGCUGGGAAGCAAUGUGUCUGGAAGCAGCACAUACAUUUUUGCAUGAAUUAUUAGGGCAGAAAAGGUUAUUAGUAACUAGAUCCACAUAGCAGCCUACAGAACUCAGCAUCACAGCUUGUUUUUUGCUCUCACCUUUUGUUCAGUUCAAGUACUGCCCACAGAGCCCAUAGCAUUCAGCAUUUUAUGUUCCAGCUGACCUAAAUGGCCUUUCCCUUGCACUGAAUAAAGCUCUGCAUGUUUGAGUCUGAUCUUGCUGAGCCACACCACACCUCCUGGCAGAGCUGGGGCACCCACUGUCUGCACUGCCGUAUGCAAAACUUUCACUGCUCUUUGCUUCCUGUCAAAUUGUUCAUUCUGACCUUGGCUCAGCACUUGUUGGGCAUCUCUGGGCUUUAUGGGGGUGGUUGAAAUGCUCUUGCUCCCACAUGACAAUCUCUUUGCUCCUGCUUAAGACGUGUUAGAAUUCUCUGUUAUGAAUUGGAGGUUGCUUUCAUUACUGGAGUGUGUUGCAGUUUUUUUCUUUUCCUGCAUUGUGCACAUGGACUUCAUGCUGGCCUGGAGCAAUCUUCGGGUCAACACUUGUAUGCCAGGUCUCAGCUUACUUCUGGGGUUAUUGCUGUAGCCAAGUAGCAAGGAUUUCCAAGGAAAUCAAGUCUUCCUUCAGGGGGGAAACUCCUCUCUCUUGUUACCUGUUCUGCUUUCAAGACUUCACAAAAAGGAACCUCAGUUUGCUGCAUUGACUUCCACUCUCCUUAGCGUGGAUGAGACCAGCUGAUGCUGCCAUGGGUUCUGUAAUGUUGUAAAUCCUAGGGGUUGCUAAUGCCUCCAGAAGAAGCACCUACACCUUCAUCUCCUAUAUGUGUCUUGGUUUUUUAGAAAUGGUGAUGUUUGACUCUGUUGAAGUGGCCAAAAUGCGCUGCACAGCCAAAUCUGAUUUACAAAAUCCUGAAGUUCUGUCUGUGGCAUCCUACUUAAUACCUGGAGUUGUAUUCCAUAAAGACUCCAGAAAUUCCAUGUAAUGUAGGAUGCAGUUCCAGGCUGUAUUAUAUCCAAUUCAUCAGUAAGGUCAGAUGGCUUUGGGCUUGCCCUGCUUACAGAAAUCUGCUCGUGGAUCCUGCUCAUCCAUCUCUGCUGAGAAGUGUUGCAAGUGUUGUGGGAUAGGAAAUUCAAGGUGAUAUUAUUAGCUGGGGGCUGACAAACCUCCUGCAUUUUCCCACAAGGAAGGAGGCGGGGUGGAUUAUCCAUCUUGAAGCAUCUGGGGGAAAACAGUUCUUGCUCACUGAUGGUGCGACAGAUGAUGUUUUGUCUCAUUAAGAAGCUUCUUAUUUAUGUUGAUUAACCCUAUAAAAAUGGAUUUUGUCUUUCCAGUGUUUUCAGAGUGUCACUUCAGUUUACAGUUUUCAGUGUUGACUGAUUAAAAAAAAAUGAAGUGGGUGUCAAGGAGAAGAGCAGAAUAAAAUGCUUUUGUCACUUAAAGAAAUGUUAAGAGAAAUAUAUGAAAGCAGAAUCCAUUUGCUGGAUUAACGUGUUUGGAAUUGUUUAAAUGCCAAGUUUUCUGUACAAUGUUUUUGUAAUUAAACUUUCGAGCUCCUUGGUUUUUAAGAUGUUGAUGUGCUUGUUUGACACUGCUUCAUUAAAAUUGUUCAACGUUGAA